CUCUCUCUCUCUCUCUCUCUGCUCUAUCCGUCCGCGCAGGCGCAGUGGCUCUUCUGUGCGCUCGACUGUUUGCAUUGUGUCUGAACUGCCGGCGAGCUUUUGAAAAAAGAAAAAAAGAAAAAAAAAGAAAAAAGAAAUAUCAUACCCACCGCGGCAAUGUCGGGCAGGUCGGUCCGAGCGGAGACCCGGAGCCGGGCGAAGGAUGACAUCAAGCGGGUCAUGGCCGCGAUUGAGAAAGUACGAAAAUGGGAGAAGAAAUGGGUGACGGUGGGCGACACGUCCCUCCGCAUCUACAAGUGGGUGCCGGUGACGGAGCCCAAAUCGGACGACAAGAACAAGAAUAAGAAGAAGGGUAAAGAUGAGAAGUACGGCUCCGAGUUGACGACUCCAGAGAACAGCUCCUCUCCGGGGAUGAUGGACAUGCACGAUGACAACAGCAACCAGAGCUCCAUCGCCGACUCGUCCCCGGUGAAGCAGGAGAACAGCUGUAGCACCAGCCCGGCCCCGGAGCCCGCCGCCACGUCUCGCAGCGAGAGCAGCGAGGCCAAGACUGACCAGAGCCCCGACAGCAAGCGGGGUAAGACCCCCCCUUCAUCGGAGACCUCGGAGAGACCACAAGGUGCCAAGCGAGACAGCGCGUCCUCGGGGGAGAAGGACUCUCCAGACGGCAAAGCCACUCAGGACCUGGAGGAGGAGGCCCCGCCCAUCAAGAAAAGCAAAGUGGAGUCUUCGUCUCAGGACUUUGAGGAGAGUUAGGUGUUCGGGUGUCGUUCCUCUCCUCAUUCCCCCACACACCCACCUCCCUCCAUUAACUCUAGAUGAAUUAGGGCUAAUGGAUACACCCCCCCCCCUCCUCCCUUCUCUCCUCACACUCCUCUGCCACAGAGGGAGAAUGGAUGUUACCUCUAUUCGCUGGUCCCUCCUCUGUGCUUCCUUCCAGUUCUCCACUCUUCUUUCACCAAUGCCAAGAGAAGCUCCGAACCCCCCCAGGGGGGGGGGGGGGCUGCUGCAGUCCCCUGUGUGAGCAGGCGGGGGGGGGGAUGAGGGGGGGGGCCGAGCCCCAGCCACCGCCAGGCCAGACUCCAAACACUGACCUGCAUCUGUGAGAGAGAGAGUUCACACCGGGGAUCCGAGACCAGGACGAGGUCGCCCCCGGCCGCUGCUCUGAGACCCUCUUUGAAACGUUUUAACCGGCUUAGCUCGGAGGCUAACCUGGUCUCAGAUCAGCGGCCGCGGCGUAGGGUGAGGGGCGGGGGGGGGCUUCAACCCUCCCGAUCCGCCUCCUGUUAGUCUGAUGUUCUAUAUUUGUUUAGGAAUCGUUUAGGGUUUUGUUCUCAGGAGGGUCAAUGCACUGUUAUGGUAUGUCACAAUCGAUCACAGGUAGAUUCUGCUGCUGGAGCGGAAGUCUUUUUUUUUUGUUCCUCUAUCCAUGAAGAGUUCUCCGUUCACACGCGUUUGGCGGUUCCUUUUUUAAAGUGGGUUUGCGGUUGGUAGGAGACGAGGACGGCGGUACCGGUGGUGAAGACGGGCGGCGGCUCCUCGAGUCGCUACGGUUACGGCCCGGCAGGUUUUUUAAUUACAAUUUUGGUGACACGUUUUUUUUUUUUUGUGCCUUUUUUAUAAUAAUCACUAAUUAGUGUUCUCCAAUAUUUCUCAUCCACUGCAACACUUUUGUUUUUGUUUUGAAGGGACAGUUCAACCUUUCUCGACGAAUAAGAGGACACGGUUAGCUUAGCUUAGCAUAAACGAAGGGGGAAGGCUAGCCUGGCUCUGUCCAAAGGAACCUCAGAAAAAAAACGGCUACUAAUUUUUCGUAGUAAUCUGUUUUUAUACGUAUUAAAACCUGCGCGACAUAAUGUUUUAAUUAGUGAGCUUCAGCUCGAUGAUUAUCACGUUGAACGUUUGUUUUGAUUUCUACAGAGAAAACACUUUAAACCUAAAACGUGUUAAUUAGUGAGCCUCUUGAUUGGCUGUUUUCCGACUUGAUGCUAAGCUAAGCUAACCGUCCUCUGGCUGGCGCCUCCAGAAUUCAACGACGUGAAAGUUUUUUUUUCUCCCCAAAACUGACGCUUCAAAACAAACAAACAAACAAACGACUGGGAGACUGGAAUCUGAACACUAACGACUGGUUUCCAUGACAACCCACCUCCGCGUAUCACUACUCCGGUCUCAAAGCGUCGGUCCUAGUCCCUCCUCCAAGGUGCUGUCUGUGGCUGAAUCCAGACCCGUGACCUCUUAAUGUGCAACCUCACCCAUGUCCGAUUUGAGUUUCAUUAAUAUUUACUCGUAUGGAUUGAAAAUCGAUCGAAUCGCUGCAACCCGAUGACUUCGCGACACAACAGGGGCUAUUAAGAAGUUCUUCACGACGCAGGAUCACCUGAUCCGAUUUCAGAGAAUCAGCAUUCACGUGGAUGGAGAGAAAAGAGAGAGAGAAAGAGAAAGAGAGAGAGGAUGGAUUAGCAUAUACCUCAUUCCCAGUCCAGCGGCGCUGGAACUUAAAAUGCUAUCGUAUUGACAUUAACAAUUAUUAAAAAAGCAUUAUGUAAACUCAGUUUUAAAAAAAUAAUUAAUUAAUACAAAAAAAACCAAACGCAUCUCACUUACGUCGUAGCUUUCACCCGAUGGAGCCGAUCGCUGUUAGUUUGCUCAUAACCGUUUAAAAAAAAAUAAAUAAUAAUAAUAAUUGUGAGCUGUGAGAUAUACAAUCUUGUAUUUUAUUUUUCCUCGGGACCAUUUUUGUUUCACUUUUAGAUCUUGUACAGAUUCAUGGUUUGGUUUGACUUAUUUAUUCCAUCAGUAGUGCUCGGUUUUUAUCAUGUCCAAUGGUUUGUUUCUUAAUAAAAUUCACAAAAAGU